UGUGUACAGAUGAGCCGAGGGAGCCGAGGGGAAGGCCGCCGCUUCCGUCUCUUACACCAAUUUGCCUUCUGUCCUAUCAUGUAACCGGGACUAAGUGGCAGGUUAAGGAAAGGCACACAUGGUGAGAUUCCUGUGGUUGAUGGCUGUGUGCUAGAAGCCAUGAUGAAUGGGGAGGCAGGGGAUGGCAACGUCCCUGUCCGGCGCUCCUCGAGAGCUCGCAAACCAAAUUCAAGAUUUGCGGACGAUGAGCUGGACGGAUGCUUCAAGAAGAUCGUUACUGGACUAGCCACGCCUGAGGCUUCCUCCACUGCCACUUCUCCUUCGCCAGUGGGCCGCCCAAGGAAAGGAGCGAAGAAGAGGGAGAGUCGGAGUGAAGAUUCCUUGGAAGGUGAAGAGGAUAGGCUGGAGAAGACUCUAGAUCCCCUGGCAGAUGUACCCUCAUCAAUGGGCCAUGUCGAACAUCCCUUAAAGAAAGAUUUGCUUGAUGGGCAGGAAUCAGAGGACCGUGGUCUUGUAAAUGGGCUGGAAAUAGACUCGGAGAGUGAGAAAAGAGAGAAAAGUGAGAAAAACAUUAAGAGUAACAUCAGGAAGGAGGAUGGGGAAGAAGUACCAAUCAAGGAUGUCAAGAAGCGGGGCAGGAGAAAGGGGAAGAGCAGGAGUGGAAGUGGAGAAAGGGAAGACAACAUCCAAACUGCCAGUGUGGAGAGAGACCCGGCGAGUGUGGACAAGGGAUGUGUGGAACGGUUGGCAGGCGAGGGACAAGUAUCGGUAGAUGAGGAUAGUGUUGAUUGCAGACUAGGGCAUGAAGGGCCUAGUGAUAAAACCCCAAAUACUGGGGUGGAUGGUGUCCAAGAGAAAGGUGGGGAUGUUAGUUUAUGUGGCAGUAGUGAUAGUAAACCUAUAAUAGAAAACCAAAGUAAAUUUGAAAAUGCUACAUUAAGGAGUGAUGAGACAGUGGCAAGUGGAAGUGUUCCAGAGAGUAUUGAUAAAAAGGAACUUAUGGAAGUUACUGUAGAGAGAACUAAGUGUGAACCAAAAGAAAAUGAUCACUUAUGUGUUAAAGAUAAAGAGAAGGAAAGCCUAGUAAAUGGUGAUGUACUACUGGAGGAGUGUUCACAAAUUUCACCUAAAAUCCAUGCAAGUGUAGGUUCAAAACAUUUAACUUGUCCUGUUGACAUAUCUCAUGAUAAAGUCACCCAAAUCAGUGUAAAUAAUCCAGAUAUUCAAGAUCCCAGGCUUCAGGAUAGCAGUCCGUCUUUGUCGGGUGCUAAAGAGGAAGCUAGGAUAGAAGUAGGCAAAAUGGCCGAGCUGAAAGUUGGGAAAGCAACCAAAUCUCAGAGAGGAAGGAAGAGAUUGAUUCAUCAGGACAGCACAGACUCCACAGACAGUGAUAGUUCCUUACCGUCCAGACGAAGGGGCCGCAGCUCCAACCAGAUCCCAAAGGAAGGUUUAGGUAAAGGGCUUGUUAGUGCCACUGUGCCAGAAAAGAAGGCAAGUGACAUGAGUGUAAGAGACACGAGUGUCAUGAGGCCUGAAGAUUCAGGCGAGCAGAGUAGUGAGGCAGUUUUAAAUCCUUGUGAAAGUUCCUCUUCUGUCAUGGAUGACAGAUUAAAACAAGAUUCCAAAGAAAAAUGUGAUGAGGUUGAGAGGAGACCAAAGGUCAAGAGAAGUAGGAGUAGUGAUGAUGAUAAAAACAAGGAGAAAGAUUUUGAAGUCCUGAACCUGGAAUCUUCAGCUUUAGGCUCCCCUAAGUCAAAGAAGAGAAGAGAAGUUGUUGGAAGUUCUUCCAGUUCUCAGACCUCAGAAGAUGAUGACAGCCAGAAGCGGAAGCGGACAGAAGAGAUCAAGGACGUACAUGAUGUCAGCAAGAAAAGAAAAAGAGCAACAGAGAAAGAACUGGAAGUGCCAAAGGACAAUGUGCCAAAUGUGGAGAAAGCAAGUGGGAGCAUAAAUUGCACUCCAGUGAGGGUGACAACCGAGAACGUCCUGUCUCCUUGUGUUGCUGACAUACCCCUCCCCUCGCUUGCCACUCCUCAAGUUGGUGCUCCCAAGAAGGGUGGAGCUCAGUCAGUAGAAGCAGACAGUCUGGGUGAAAGUUCUAAAGUUGGUAAAAGUCAUACAAAGAGAACCACUGGUAUAUCUACAGGUGCUGAUUCAAAAUCCAUUGUGAAAGACAUUGGUAGCUCAGGUAGUGGAGCUUCGAGCAAACAUAUGUCAGGGAAGGAUGAAAUGGAAUCAUCAUCUUCUGAAGGCAAGGAAUCUAGCUCUUCCACAAAAAAUGACACCUCUAACUCUUCAUCAAAAGAGGAAGCCAAAGGCUCCAAGAUGAAGUCCGAUCUCACUUCUGGGUGUGAAUUGUUGAAACAGCCCAAAACUGAGGAAACCCUACCUAGGACCAUUGCAGUGUCUCGCACCUUACGUUCAGCAAGCAAUUCUCCAUCAAGGAUCUCCAAGAGAACGAAGAAAAGUGAGGAGCUACUGAGAACUUCUUCAUCAGAUAGUGAUAGUAAAUGUAAGGAAGAAAUAACAAAUACUGAAUUGUACAAAUAUUCUGUGAAGGGUUCAGAUUCAGAGUCACAAAAUGCUCCUGUUGAUGAGAAGAAAAUAACAAAGGGGAAAAGCAAAGAAAAACUUGAAAACUCUACUGAAGAAGAAGUAAUAGUGAAGACUGAAGAACAAGAUGACAGCAAGUCAGGGGAAGACCACUCCAGAACCCAGGUCAGUGAGGACAAGGAAAACCUAGCACCCAAAGCUGAAGAAAAAGCUGAGAAGAGUGGGGAAGAGGUUAAGGUUGAAGAAGUACAGUUAACAGAGGAGGAGCUGGCAGAACUAGAGAAGAAAAGGCAGCAGGAAGAAGAGGAGAAAGAACGCAGAAAUCGGGAAGUGGUAGAAGAGAGGUUGAAGGGCUUUGUUCACCUUACAACCAAUUUUUACAUUCAAGAGAGGAAGAAAACCAAGCGCAAUAAGGAAGUGAGGCGAAUGGUGUGUGAUUGCACACUGACUAAGGAAGAAAUUGCAAGAGGGGAAGUCGGUUGUGGAGAAGACUGUCUCAACAGAUUGCUCAUGAUUGAAUGUGGUUCUCGAUGUCCACUGCGUGAACACUGCACCAACAAAAGAUUCCAGAAUUUGGUCUAUGGUGAUGUGGAAGUAUUCAAUGCAGAUGAGAAAGGAUGUGGAUUGCGAGCACGGAGUUCAUUAAAAGCGGGGACAUUUAUCAUGGAGUAUGUUGGGGAGGUGCUGGACACCAAGGAGUUCAAGAGAAGACGGAAGGAUUAUUCCCGAGGGCAGAACCCCCACUUCUAUUUCAUGGCACUGAAGCCGGACCUCUUCAUUGAUGCCACCCGUAAAGGAAAUAUCUCCAGAUUCAUCAACCAUUCCUGCGAUCCCAACGCUGAGACGCAGAAGUGGACGGUAAAUGGGGAAUUGCGCAUUGGCUUUUUCACAAACAAGGACAUUGAAGCAGGGGAGGAGAUCAAUUUUGACUACCGUCUUGAGCGCUAUGGCCGAGAACCACAGAAAUGUUACUGUGGGACUUCAGUCUGCCGUGGCUGGUUGGGCGAAUCACCAGAUGAGAAGACUAAGGAAGAAAAGGAUGAAGAGAGGAGAAAAGAAGAGAGGGAUAGGAGAAAGAGAGAGGAGAAGAGGAUAUACUUUGAAGAUAUUGCUUUAGAGGAUGAGAUUGAGAAGCUCAACUCUCACAAACUAAGAAAUCGUGAGGACACUCUGAAUCUCUCCCGACUGAUGGUGCGAGCAGAAGAUUUCAACUCGAGGGUGAUGCUCUUGAGGCUCCUUCAAACAGGGGAACCAGCAUGUAGGCGACUGUUCUUGGACUAUCAUGGCCUAAGGGUCUUGUGGUCCUGGAUGGCAGACCUGGGGACUGGACAUGAGAAUGUGGAGCUCAAGAGUGAAAUUCUAAAGACCUUGGAGUGUUUGCCAAUCACCAACAAGACACAGCUCACUGACAGCAGAGUGCUGAGUGUUGUUGAACGAUGGACCAAGCAGAAUGUGGAUGUAGGUACUAACAACUCUCCUCCCCCUCCACCACCACCCAAGGCAGAUUUGACCAGUGUUACACAAUCAUUGGAAGCUGACCCUAACAAGAAAACAAGUGACACAAGUGAAGACUCUGACACGGAAACAGAUUCCAAAGUUAUCCCCAAUUCUGUGGAAGCCUCAAGUGCAGAUGACAGCAGUCUAGAUUCUGAGGAAGUUGAACAGCAGCAACUGGCCAUGAAGCGGAUGGAGGAGGGCACAAGAGCAGAAGAAUCGAGCAGUGAUUCCAACCUGAGUGAUGGCAAGGAGAAUACUGCAGGAGGCAAGGAGAAGGGGAAGACAUCUGCUGUGGAACCCACUGAGGGAGACUCAGCUGCUGGGGAGCAAAAGCAACUUGGAGAGGAGAAGGAGACAGAGGAGGUGCAAGAGCUCAAAUCCUUGGCUGUCAAACUCUUGGACACCUGGAAGAACCUGAAGGAGUUCUUCCGUAUUCCCAAGAAAGAACGUAUUGAACUGAUGAAAGAGCAUGAGAGAGAGGUUGACAGGGGCUACAGAGAGUACCUGGACCGAGAGCAAAGUGUCGAUCGCGAUUGGGACCGUGAGAGAGACAGAGAUAGAGACCGACGGGAUAGGUACAAUAGAAAAGACUCGUACUAUGACAGGAGACGGCGUUCACCAGAGAGAGAUAGAGACCGAGAUAGAGACCGAGAAAAGGAUAGACAUCGGAGAGGGAAUAGAAAUGACCGGGACUCCAGAGAGGAACGUUCAUCAGAUUCACCAAAAAUGUCCAAGGAACAGCGAAGACAGCUCUUUGCACUAAAGGUUCAACAAGAAGAAGAAGAAGCAAAACAAAGGAAGAUGCAAGAGGAGAUGUGGGCAAUGCACGUAGACCGCUGUCGUGUCCUGGGUCAUGAUCCCUAUUUGACCCCUAUCUUUGACCCAACGUACCAGUACUAUUGGGAUCCUGUUGCUGCCAACUGGCAACCUUACAAUGGGUCGGACCCAAACAUCCCUGUGCCUGCUUCCUAUGGUCAACACAAGAAAGAAAGUGGUGAUGGCUCACCAAUGGUCAUGGGUGUAGGAGGUAUCCCAGGCCUGGAUUCUGGUCCAUUGGUCGUGGUGCCAGGCAAGUCCCACCCUGCUCAACCCCUGGUGGGUCACCUAGCUCCAGAUGGAGACCCUGCUACACCAGGUCAGGGUGGACCUGAUGACCCGCUCAACCCUGCUAACAUUCCACUGCCUGGUGAGAUUUCCAUACUGCCCCAAACAUCUCCGUCACAGCCCAUGCCUGGUCAAGCUGUACCUAUUGAGGGCACUCCACCUCAGGGAGCAAAAGUUCUGGCCAUCCCCCUCCCUGGUGAGGUCCCUUCCACUACUGCAAGUCUACCUGUGAGCAUUGACCCCAAGAAUAUUGCCCUGCCUAGGGUUGCAGGAGAAGAAGGCCCACCUCCACCACCCCCUCCAGGACCCAUCACCAUCCAGCUACCCCCUCGGUGGAAAAUGGCAAGGGAUUCAGAGGGCCACGUCUACUUCUACCAUGUCAAGACCAGAACCAGCCAAUGGGAGCCUCCCACUGUGGAGCAGCACCAGCAGCUGGAGGCUGAGUUGGGCUCUGACUCUGACUCAGACUCUGCAUCCUCAGAUGACUCUGACUCAACCAGCACCAGUGAUAGCGAAGACUUCUCAAGUGACGAGGAGGAGGAGGAGGAGGAGGUCACGGUGGAGAAGAGUAAGGUCUCCGAUGAGAAGAUGAUCCGUCGGCCGAGGGGCAAGAAACAGCGGUCUGAGGCGCUGGUGCAGGAGCGCGUGAUCAGCAUUAAACUUCUGUCAAAAGGGGAAGAGUCAAAGACGCUCCAACUGAUGUAAGAGUGAAUGUUUUUUGUGGAUGCUUUUUUUCCAGUGAUGAACAGUGGUGAAGAACUUGCAAUGCUUCAACAAGUGACACUGAUCAGGGAGAGCGUCCAAACUGAGUAUAAAACGGUUUUGCUAGCCCUUAUGAAAAAUUCUCUCUUUUGUCUCUGUGUAUCACCUCACAAAUUUGUGGCUGGCAAUCUUCACAUUCGAUAGACUAAAAUACUACAGAUAACAAUGAUGCAAACUUUCGAAAGUAGAGAAAAAAGGUAAAAAAUUCACUGCAUCCAAAACUGGCUAAGAUCUUUGGGAUUCAUGAUUAGAAGUGCACUAUUUUGUUAUUAAAGUCAUAGUGUGUUAUUUGUAGUGAGUUUUGACUGAUGCUGUAUGGUUACUUGUCUUUUUUUAUAGUACACAGUAUUUAUAUUUUUUCUUGGAGUAUUUAUAAAAAAAUAGCAAAGGCAAGUUCAUUCUAUACAUCAAAUGUAAUGAGUAAAUUAGGAAUGCCAGUAAUGAAGGUCUUAAUUUCUUUUUACUGUUGUAAUUAAUUUUGUUAGUAUCCUUGUCAUUAUUAUUUAUAUUUGUAUGUUAGUACUAUUAAUGUCAUCAUUACUACUGAAUACCAUUGAUAUUAUUAAGAGUAUGACCUUAUUUUCAUGUGAUUUAUCAUUAUUUUAAUUCUUUUAUGUUAUCCUUUUUUAUUUCACAUUUUGUUGUUUAUUUAUUCUGUACAUUAUUAAUAUUAUUUUAUAUAAUCUUCAACCACCACUGCAUUAUACACAAUAAGGAAAUUCAAUCUGAAUGACAUAAUUUUCCAUCAGCACAGUAGAGAGGUGGUUGUUGUUGUGAUGACACAGGCACUUUUGUGAAGGCUGAAGAACUAAUUAUACAGACAGAAGGAAAGUUUUAGACACUCUUGGCAUAUUUCACCAGAUUUUAAAGUGUAAGAUUGCUUUCUUAAAUAUCUUUGAAUGUGAUUUAAGGUUUAGUAUCAUUGUUUUUUUCCUAUUUUUUAUUUUUUUAGGGCUGGAGGGGUGAAUGACAAGAAAGAUACAGAAAAAAAGGAUAGGUAUUUACAAAACACUCAAACACUGCCGCUGUUGCAUGUGGGGUUAAUUUCCAUUUCUCUGAGAUCACCACCAUUCUAGUGAAAACCUUUAGUUAGUUUAACAUUUUACAGGAAACUUUCUUUUGGGAGUUUUGACUUUUUAUGAGGAAGAAUCAUAGAACAGACAUAGGCUGGAAGUCCUGUUGAUUGUUGGAUUUUCUUUGCUUUUUUUCUCUCACUUUUUUCCAUUUUAGUAUCGUUUAUGCAGGGUAUGAGGCUUUUGUCUAAGCCCAAGACGUAGGUUUUAUCCAGCAUUUUGUAUAUUAACUCUGCCCACCCUUUAAAUUAAAUUAUAUAUAAUACCUCAUGUACAUAAGCUGCUGUACAGGCUAAUUAAUAGUUGAUAUGAAAUCGCAUUCAGCUGUAUUUUCAAGGCAUUGAUGUUUUAAUUUUUUACUCCAUUAUAUUUGAUGUUGAAAUUUUGUACCAAGUCCUAAGUACAUAUUGUUAUGUUUUCAACUAAUGGUUUAGUUUUGUUUAUAUGUGUCUAAUGUAUUCUGAGGAAUACAUUUGCCCUUGUGAUGAAAUUAGUAUGUAGGACAUUCUAGACAGAUGUAGGACUGAAUGUACAAAGAACCAGACACUGGAAUGGAAAAGAUUAUGCUGUA